UGGCGGCCUCGCGUCGCAGUCCGUUGCGUAACCACAACCCGCCUGUAGACCGCGCGGAAAACUUGAGCUACGUUCCCGCGGCGGCAUGGGGAAACACAAAUCACCAUAAAACUUUCCCGCGCCGCGCAACCCGUUUAAAAACUAUAAAGGAAAACCCCAUUUAUUUGAAAAAAAAACCUUGGAAUUUUUUGGUUUAGAUACCCAUAACUUUUAAAGUUGACUUUUAAAUAGUGAGUCGAUUCGGGUCUCGUCAGUUAUUAUGAAUUAGUGCGAACGUUUAAAGUGUGUGUGUGUCCAUUUGUUUUGUUUUACUUUGCUUGGUAGCUACUGGCUAGUGGUGGCGGCGGCCGGUGGGGCCGCGCUGGUGGUGCCGAGGAAUCGAUACUGCGGUAGGAGCGGCAAGAUCCUACUCUUCACGAUGCUGUUGCGGAGGCCUAACGUAGCGCGGGCUGGUUGAGCUUAUGUCCACAUGUCGACAACACUCUGCAGGCAGCAGAAAGAUGUCCUAAUAUGGGUUGGUCAUGCGUUGUGGCACGCGCCGUGGCUGUCCUCCUCAUGCUCAGCAGAGCAUCUGCACUUACGUCCGAUAUUUUUGCAGCGGGCAAGUCGGACAAAGAGAUUCUGGACAAUCUUCUGAAAAACUCCCGCUAUGACAAAAGACUGCUCCCACCAGUAGAUGAUCCUGAAUUUUGUUGUGGUCUCACUUCGCCGAACGACACUCUCAAUCAAAAUAAUAUUGGGCUACCCUCGCUUCGGCCUCGAUCGCACAAUCGUGGUGUCCUCACCGUAAAUGUUAGCGUGCUACUUCUUAGUUUAGCAUCUCCAGAUGAAUCUAGUCUUAAAUACGAGGUUGAAUUUCUUCUGCAACAGCAGUGGUAUGAUCCUCGACUGCGGUAUUCAAAUCAGUCGCAUUACGACUUCCUUAACGCCAUCCAUCAUCACGAGGAUAUUUGGCUACCCGAUACUUACUUCAUCAUGCAUGGAGACUUUAAAGAUCCAAUAAUACCGAUGCAUUUUGCCUUGCGCAUAUAUCGGAAUGGCACCAUCAACUACUUGAUGCGGCGUCACCUCAUUUUGUCCUGUCAGGGAAGCCUCAACAUAUUCCCAUUUGAUGACCCAUUGUGUUCAUUUGCGUUAGAAAGUAUAUCAUACGAACAAUCGGCUAUAACUUAUGUUUGGAAAAACGAUGAAGACACUCUAAGGAAGUCACCGUCGUUAACGACGCUAAAUGCCUACCUCAUCAAGAACCAGACCAUUCCUUGUCCCAAUAAAGCGAGCUGGAGAGCUGAUGGUUUAACACUUUACGAAGACGAUGAAGACCUGACAUGUAAUCUUUGCCAGAGACGAUUUGAGGAGCAAGGUAACUACAGCUGUCUAAAGGUGGACCUUAUUUUUACAAGAGACCGAGCAUUCUACUUUACCACAGUAUUUAUCCCUGGCAUAAUCCUGGUGACCUCUUCCUUCAUCACAUUUUGGCUGGAAUGGAACGCAGUUCCAGCUCGUUCCAUGAUAGGUAAUUACAGCUGCCUCAAAGUGGAUCUAAUCUUCACAAGAGAUAGAUCAUUUUACUUCACUACUGUUUUCAUUCCGGGCAUCAUUUUGGUGACGUCGUCUUUUAUUACUUUUUGGUUGGAAUGGAAUGCAGUACCUGCUAGAGUCAUGAUAGGUGUAACAACCAUGUUGAAUUUCUUUACAACGUCCAAUGGUUUCCGUUCAACGUUACCAGUGGUGUCGAAUUUGACUGCAAUGAACGUAUGGGACGGAGUGUGCAUGUGUUUCAUCUACGCGUCCCUUCUUGAAUUUGUCUGCGUCAAUUACGUAGGUCGCAAGAGACCACUGCAUAAUGUGGUGUAUAGGCCCGGCGAGAACCCAGUAACACAGCGACUGCCCGCAGUUCUGAGCAGAAUUGGCAUUAUACUGGCCAGCCCCUUGGAGGCGAUGGCAUUCCUCCAUUGGGCAAAAUCUGAAACGCCUCAGCCGGAGACUAGCGGUGCUGGUGAUAAAAAGAGAGAGUCAACAACUGCAACAGAUCUGGUGACGUGUACAGCAUGUACAGGUGCGCCCGGAUCUUGCACACAUACGGCCAACAAUGGCGGGGUUUCCGAGCCAUGUUUCGUUCAGGUCCGUAAAAAGGAGCCUCCGCAUCCAAUCCGUGUGGCGAAGACGAUCGACGUGAUAGCUCGCUUUACCUUCCCCACUGCGUACGCCGUGUUUCUCAUCUUCUUCUUCAUUCACUACAAGGCCUUCUCUUAAUGCUGCCUACGCUCGCCACGAGCUGUGUGUCGGCACCAAAUAGAGCAGCUUUUGUAUCUCGUAUUUCACAGCUAUUUAAUAGGUAAAAACCACUUACAAGAUCUGAUAAAUUAUUUUUGAUGAAUUACAAUUCAAGCAAUUGCGAUUGUAUUUAUCCAGUGUAGAAGUAAAAUAGAUAUUGAUAAGAGUGAAAAUAAGAUCAGAAGACUCCUUAUUUUUUGUGAAACAUCUAAAGACAUAAUUACCGCGUAAAAUAAAUGUUAAACUACUUAGUACCUAUUAUUUUUCUGAAGAUUUGAAAUGGGUUU